CGGGAGCGAUGGCGGCCCAGCGCGGAGCGCUCAUUGUGUUGGAAGGCGUCGACCGCGCGGGCAAAAGCACGCAGUGUCGUAAGCUGGUGUCCGCGCUGUGCGCCACGGGCCACCGCGCUGAGCUGCUCCGUUUUCCCGAACGAUCAACGGAAAUCGGCAAACUUCUGAGUUCCUACUUAGAAAAGAAAAAUGAACUUGAAGAUCACUCCGUGCACCUGCUUUUCUCUGCAAACCGUUGGGAACAAGUGCCAUGGAUCAAGGAGAAGUUGAACCAGGGUGUGACCCUUGUUGUGGACAGAUACGCAUUUUCUGGUGUUGCCUUUACAAGUGCCAAGGAGAAUUUUUCCCUGGAUUGGUGCAAACAGCCAGACGUGGGCCUUCCCAAACCUGACCUGAUCCUGUUCCUUCAGUUACAAUUGGUGGAUGCUGCUGCAAGGGGAGAGUUUGGCCAUGAGCGCUACGAGAAUGGGAUUUUCCAGGAGCGAGCAUUGCAGUGCUUCCAACAGCUCAUGAGAGACACGACUUUGAACUGGAAGGUGGUUGAUGCUUCCAAAAGCAUUGAGGAUGUCCACAAGGAAAUCCGAGUGCUCUCUGAGGACGCCAUCCUCACUGCCACACAUAGGCCACUGGGAGAGCUAUGGAAAUAAAUUGGGGCCCCCACUGCAGAUGCUGCCCCCUGGAGUCCUUCAGGAGGUAGGGACUUGUACAAGGCUCAUGCAAGACGUGUUCACCUUUGACAUUUGGAGCUAUUUCCUGGUGGCAGAGAUCUGCAGGCUCCCUCUCAUGACCUGGAGCUGGAGUGCCCCGGAAUUGGUGGCAUGGAUUGCCGAGCAGUGCUGUAGAAGUAUCUUCCUUUGCCAACUCCUGUACCCUGAAGCUGUUAGUACAGUACGACGUUUUCUUACUGAAGUUUACGUCUGAGCAGUUUCGUUGAGCUUAUUGGAAAUGGCAACUAGCUGGAAUUCCCUUGAGUUUCUUACAGGCACUAAUAAAAAUUUACCGGAAAACGUGUUUGUGGAAGGCAUCACUAUCCAUAGAUGCUGGCUGUGGACUGAGCUGGCCUUGAGUGGGAAUCUCUGUCCUCAGUGAAGGCCUUGCCUGCUCAAGGGGUCUGCCAUGGGUUUGACUGUUCCCAACUGUCCAGGCUCUGAGCCUCUCACAUCCUGACUUUUUUGAACACACUGAUGUUAACUUUGCUCUUAUUUUGUUACAACCCUGGAGCUUAACUUUUCACUUGAUUCCCUUUUAAGUGACCCCAAGAUGAAAUGACUUGUUGACUUGUAGAAUCUGCCCUACAUAGACCACUUUCUGGGUAGAGAGCAGUGUAGGGAAUUCUAGAAGGCAGGCCCCCUAUAAAAGGAAGUGACAUUUGGGUAAACACGAAGGGCUCUGCAGAUGGGAUUAGGUGGAGGACCUCGAAGUAGAAGAUUGUCUAGGUGGGUCCAGUGUUGUCAGGGGUCUUUCCCUAGCUACUCAGGAGGCAGAGAUCAGGAGGAUCAUGGUUCAAAGACAGCCCAGGCAGACAGUUCCCCAGACUGAAUCUCUUAAAAAAACCCAUGACAUAAAGGCUGGUGGAGUGACUCAAAGUGCAUAGCCCCUGAGUUUAAAGCCCGGUACCGCCAAAAAGAAAAAAAAAAAGCACAGCAUUUGAAGGUGUGAAGGUGGAGCAAUGUCAGCACCUCUGGAUGCUGGUAGAUACAGGACAUACCUUCUCAGAAGAACCGUCCUGCCAAAGUAUGGUCUGGACUUCUGCCCUCCAGGGCCAUAAGAACAAAUUGUUCUAGUGGC